GGCGACAGUGUCAUCCGCACGCUCCCCGAGUUCCCCCUCCACCUUCCUUCCAUCUCUUCUCCGCCUCCGCUGCUCUCCAAAAAUUUGCGAAUCACUCCGCGGCAAAUGGCGAGCACCCCAAUCCGCUCCCUCUUCCUCUUCGUCCUCGCGGCGUCGCUGCGAUGCGGAGCGGCGGCUGGAUACGGAGAUGCCGGCGAGGGUUUCUGCUCGGCGGAGCCGUCGAGCGGGUGCUCCGGGGGGCCGCCGCUCUACUGGAAGGCUACCCACCCCACCCUCGCGCCCGCGCACCUCCAAGAUUUACCUGGCUUCACACGUAGCGUUUUCAAAAGGGAUCAUGCUUUAAUAACACCAGAAAGUCAUGUAUUCGGUCCUCUGCCUGAUUGGAUCAAUACAUUAGGUGCAUAUUUGAUCAGUCCAGCCAUUGGUGCACACUUCACUAUGUACCUGGCAAACAUGCAAGAUGGCUCAAAAUCAGCCCUACCACCGAAAGAUGUUGAAAGGCUCGUUUUUGUACUACAAGGCAGCAUUUUAUUGUCUGCGGGGACUGAAACUACCCAUUCUCUGUCGGUGGAUUCCUAUGCGUAUCUUCCUGCAAACCUAGAACAUUCUAUGAUCUCAGAUGAAUCAACCACUCUUGUAAUAUUUGAGAGGAGGUACAGUGCCACCGAGGAUUCCCACCCUGAUCUAAUUGUUGGUUCAACAGAUAAGCAACCCCUUCUUGAAACCCCAGGAGAGGUAUUUCAACUGAGGAAGCUGCUACCAACUUCGAUGCCUUAUGACUUUAAUAUCCAUAUAAUGGACUUUCAACCAGGCGAAUAUCUCAAUGUGAAGGAGGUCCACUAUAAUCAACAUGGGCUUCUGCUUCUAGAGGGGCAAGGAAUAUACCGAUUGGGGGAUAGCUGGUACCCUGUUCAAGCAGGUGAUACCAUUUGGAUGGCACCGUUUGUUCCUCAGUGGUAUGCCGCGCUUGGUAAAACCAGGACCAGAUACUUGCUGUACAAAGAUGUCAAUAGGAACCCAUUGAUAUGAUCAAAGAAAUCAUUCUCGAUGGAUACCAAUAAAGCAAUAAAUCAAAAUGUGGAGCUGUGCCAGCUAUGAAGAAAUUCCCUAGGAGAUGGUUACAGGAAGGUUACAGGAAGGAGAAAAAAGGAUCUUAUUGUAGAUUGUACCUGAGAAGUCUCCGAAUCAAAUGGCGUGGAAAUUCAAAUGUGCACUUUUGAUGUUUAUGACUGCCGAUACAUUUUGAAUUGUGAAACUUCCUGUACCGUGUUGUGGACAGCACUUGAGUACUUGACAAGUUGGAUAUGCUGUUGGCACUUCUGAAAUCUCUUUUAUGGCCAAUCCUAUGAAUUUUAGUUGUGGUUCUAGAAACAAACACUUUUUAAAUUCAAAGAUUGGUGCCUUCUCUUUUC